ACACUCCUCAGUUAUGGCACUCCAGCUUAGAAGACUUGCAGCUGCAUUGGGAUACCCGCCACAACAAGUUCGAGCCUUGUCUCAAUUGGGCUUCGGAGCUUGUUACAGUUCCAUUGCUUCCUCUGACUCCUCUGAUUAUGGGGUUGGAACUAAACCCCAAGAUUUCCGAAGCUGGCCUAACGGAGGUGGGUCUUUUCACAAGUCUGCCAGCAUUGACCCAACAGCGUUUGUGGAGUUUGGUGCUGCUGUGCAUUCGAAGUCCGUUGUGGGUGAGCAUGUUUGUAUUGGUUCCGGAGCUGUUAUUGGACCUGGUGUUUCAGUUGGGCAAUCGACCAAAAUAGGGUAGUGAUCUGAUUUUCUGUAAUUUGGACUUUCGUUUUGUUUAGAGAAAAUUAUAUGUAACCCCAAUUUUCUAAAGAGGUAUUAGGAAAAAUCCAUGAAUAUUUUCCUAUCAAUCUACAUCGUAGGUACAACCACAUCUUCUUGUUCUGUCUGUAGAUGCCAGCGGAAGGGUAUGUAAUGGUUACUCUAGCCUUAGGCAAACACAAAUUUCUAGUAAUUUGAUAACACUCCACAAAUGCUAUCUGGAGGUGUUACAAUAUGCUUGUAAUCAACUCUA